UACCAUCAGCAGUCAAACUGACAAUAAAAAAGAAAUUAUAUUUACCCCUAUCAAACAUAUUUUUUGUAAUGUUAGUGAAGUGAAAAUCUCGAAACGAUCCAAAGAAAUCCGGUAAAAUGGGUGAAAAAAGUACCACGAUCAUUUCGCUUCCCCAAAUGGUGGAUUUGGCAUUAAAUUCGCCCGAGGUAGGAAUAGUCAAUUUUACUGUCCUUCAUUCCUUAUUGCACGUGAUCGUAAACCAACUGGAUCUGGGGGAGUGUAAUGUGGAAUUUCGGGGUAGCGACAGUGAGAGACUUCAAAACUACAUUUCCACUGCCAAGCCUGGGCCCAUAAUCACCUUAACCGAGUACACCAUCGGUCCAGACGGGAAAGGAAGAAAGAAAAGACGAAGAGGCAGCAAAAGGUCCAGUUUAGAUGAAAAAGGCAAGAAAGACGAAAAAGAAAAAGAAGUUGCUGUAGUAAAAAAAGAAGAAACUUCUUCCAUAAAAGAGGAAGGAAGUUCUGGAUCACUGCACUCGCAAACCAUAGUGGUGGUAGAGCCGGCUUCCAAAGAAACACUAGGCGAAAGUCCCAAGUUCACCAUCGCCAUGACAAAAGAGCAACUAGGCAAACUCCAAAAGGACAUGAAAGACCUAAAAAGACAAGUUCAGGAACUUACCGAUCUGCCUGGUAAUACUGGACUAAUUGAAGCAGUCAGGGGUAGCAAAGAGGGAAGCAACUCGCCCAUCCUGGACAUGUUCCAAAUCCUGACUCUGGUGAAACGACAGGACGCCUCUGAGGUGGCCAUUAACAAAAUGGCCAGCAUGAUUGAGGAUCUUGCUAAAGGACAAAACAGUUUAGUUGACAGUGGACUACCCCCAAAAGAGAAGAAACUAUCAUUCAAGGAACAAUCGCGCGAUCUAUUAGUAAAAUCCCAAGAGCUACGAAGGUCCCUAGACGAGACGGUGGGGGGCACCAACCAAAUCCAAGGAAUCAUUAGUGAAUUAAGGGAAAUUGAUAGGAGACUUACGGAAAUGGAAAACCGCCCGGUGGCACCGGAAAGACAAUCGUAUGCGAUCAGCAACCACAGCGAGUCUUUUUCGAAUAGAAAAUCCCGCACUUCAGAAAUGGAAGGCCAGGAUGUCCCAGGAGCGAGUACCGAAGGGGGAGCGGAGGGCGAUUUCAAUUUUGACGAGGUCGAUUUAUCCCAGCUAAGCCCUCAAGAGGCAAUUGCCCUCUUGCAGAGGGAAAUCAUCAAUAUGAAGGACUACAAUAUGCAAAAUCAGUCGGGGGUGCAAGCUUUAAAGGAAAUCGAGCUGCUUAAGGACACUUUGAUGUCGGAGGAUGCGUCCAAGAAUUUGCCACCUGAUGUCAAGUUUGGACAAAUGGACUUGAGAAUAAGCGAGCUCAAGGAGCAACUUUCUACUCUGGAUACUGUUUACAACCAGCAGUUCAGUAACGUUCAAGAAAAACUUCACAAUCUGGAUCAAGAAAUCGCUUCUUUAUGGGAGCGCAUCAAUUCAGGCCUUCCUGCGGGAGAUGGUUCUGGAGCGGUCAGUAACCAAAGCAUCCAAGAGGUCUACAACAAAUUGAUCCAGCUGCAAAGCGACAUGGAGGAACUAUCUGAGACCGCCAAUAAGCUUCUGCAAGAGAGAGAAGGACGCCAAACUAGCCUGGAUGUGAUGAUAGAGCAAAUUGAACUACUGAAAACGGUGAAAGCGGACAAAGAGGAUCUGGAAGAUGCUCUGGCUGAUAAAGCUGACGCCUGUCAAAUCAACCGGAAGGUUUCUCACGAGCAGUUUGACGCUGCUUAUGAUGAAAUCACUAAAUCAUUGGAGAGCGCCUUGGAUAAACUGAAGAGACAGGAAGAACUCUGGCUGCAAUCCCUGACCGAUCUCCAAAAGGAAAUUGGCAAUAAACUGGACAAAAUGGAACUGACGCCGUUAAAAGAUUUCAUUAAUUCAAAAUUAAAAGGCAUUCAGGAUAAGGUGAAAAAGAUUUCCGCUAUGAAGCAGGAACAUGAGGCGGCUGGGACCAAAAGCAAACUCUUGAGGAACGUGAAUUGCAUCUCAUGCGAUGCGGACGUAGUAAUGAAGAAGCAAACUGAUAUAACUUUGUAUCCUAAACCGUAUGCCUUACCGGCAACUAAAAGCCCCGCGCCCUAUUUAGCUUAUGAGCUUGAUUUGCUUAGGAAACAAGCCAAAGGGUUGCCAAACAGCAAGAAUCUCAACGUAUUUGAAAGUGCUAUGCAAGUAGGAAAGAAUAAAAUACAAGACAAGGACCAUCUGUGCAACAGAUACUGCGGCGGGAGCCACACCAUAACCACCCCACAACAAAGGGUGAUGAGGGUGGGCCACUUUAUGGAACAAUGGGGUCCAGAAAUCGCUCCUAUCAAUGAGGUUCUUAUUAAAGGGACCGAUGGACAUCUUUAUAAAGGUCGCGACGAUGUGGCCUUAAGACAGGCCGCUGCUGAAAGACCUCCCACUCCAAGGGUGGAACCUCCGGCAAUGACCAUAAGCGAAUAUCAUACAGGAGGAAGUCUCAAUGAUAUAAAAAGCGAAACGAAACCGGAUGUGGGUAAUGCGAUAAGUUCGAAUAUGGGGAUCAAUAUAAGCAUCAGCACCACAAAUAAGAUAGACCAGAAAACGUCGAGAGGGGAAAUGGUUAAAAGUUCGCCCUCGCAAGAUAGCUCUUCAAAAAAUAAUAAGGAAGCUGGUAAAGAAGGAAAAAAAUCUGCGAGUAACCGUUCCGCAGAAAUCAAACAAAAUUAAUGUGUGCCUCAGAAUUUUAAAAAUAUAUUGUUUUUAAAUA